GGCUCUAGCAGGCUCCGAACUACGAGGUGACGGCUAGAGAGGCUGAAGUGCGACCUGGGGUGAGGCUGCUUUUUGCGUGCCCCUAGUGGUAGGAGAAUUAGGUUCCAGACUUCACCCUAAGUGAUCUUCCCAAAUUUCUCCAGCCUCCGGCGCUGGAGUCACAGCCCCCAAGCAGGGACCUGGAGGAGAGGCCGGAGGAGGGGAUGGAAUCCACUCCUACCAAGAGCAGUGAGAAAAAGGGCAGCCAGCUGUCCCAAGCCGCAACAUUCUUGGGUGGAGGUUCGAAGGCUUCGUUAUCCCGCUCUGAGGAGUUUCUGACUCGGAUCAGCACAGAACUCACCGAUGAGGCCUUGUUUAUUGCUGGCUAUGGCGUGAACCCUGUGCCCACCAAGGAAAAACAGACACAAGACAGAGGGACUCAGAUAUCCAAACACGUGAUCUUCACCAAGACCCGAGGCACUGACACCUGCUCUGACAGAAACCGUACCUGCACCAAGGCAUGCGUUCUACCAUCCCCUCACGACAAGGGAGCUCUGCCUAGCAGCUUGACAUCUGGAGGAUGACCCCGACCCUCUCUAGUGCUGCUCUUGGCCUCUCAUCCCCUCCCCCAUUCUGUCUCUCUAGAACUUGCCUCAAAGCUCCUCUUUCGUCCCUCAGUAAUCACUUCAGGUUAGGGGAUGGGACUCCUGGUCAUGAGCAGCGUCACCCCUGAAGCCUCCAAAUUGUUCUGGAACCUCACACAUCUUUCUACUCAGCUGGAAAGGACACCACCAGAAAUCGAAGGCUUUAAUAAAGAGAUAGAGAUCCUUCCCUUCUCCCAA